AAAAAAAUAUAACGCCCAGAAAUAGUAGAAACUUAAAAGUAAUCGAAAACGCAACACUUCUUCUUCUUUUUCUUCUUCUUCACUAACAAUGGCACAAGUUGCAGUUACAACCUUCAAAUUCAACUCAUGUCGCAAACCCAUUCACCACUCCUUCUUCUUCUCUCCCUCUCCACCUCCCACAUUCAACAUCAAACCCACUCCCAAUCUCACACACCCACGUCUCUCUCAUCAUUCCCUCUUCAUGUUUCGCACCCCUUCUCUCACUUCAUGCAACAGCAACAACAACAACAACGACAAAUCAGAUAUGAUAUCGCAGUUGGAACUGGGGAAGCCGGAGCUGAAGAAGAGGGAACCGGAGAAACGAGUCAACGGGAUAUUCUGGAUCAUACUGCUUAAUAUUGGUAUAUUCGUCGCUGAUCAUUUCUUGCAGGUUGAUGGCAUCAAGGCUUUGUAUUUGUUUCAUAGCAGGCCUGAUUGGUUCCAGUUUCUCACAGCAACAUUUUGUCAUGCUAAUUGGAAACAUCUUUCUAGCAACCUUUUCUUCUUAUACAUAUUUGGGAAGCUUGUUGAAGAAGAGGGAGGUAGCUUUGCAUUGUGGCUUUCUUACAUUCUUACUGGUGUUGGAGCAAACCUUGUUUCCUGGCUGAUUUUACCGAGAAACACAGUCUCAGUUGGAGCUUCUGGUGCUGUUUUUGGGUUAUUUACUAUCAGUGUCCUUGUAAAGAUGUCCUGGGAUUGGAGGAAGAUCCUUGAAGUGCUUAUAUUGGGUCAGUUUGUUGUAGAGAAGGUUAUGGAAGCAGCUCAAGCUUCAGCAUCAUUACCAGGAACCUUUCGUGGAGGCUACUCGUUGCAAAAUGUCAAUCACAUUGCACAUCUUUCUGGUGCUCUUGUUGGUGUGCUCUUAGUUUGGCUCCUUAGCAAAAUUCCUUCUGAUUCUUCAAACCAAUAAUUCAGUUUGGAUUUGUUGAAUGGCUGCGAUUAUUUAUAGAGGAGAAGAAUUCUACAUAUAUACAUUUUAUACUAUCUGAUUGUAUAUUUAACAAUAGAAUGCAAUCAUAUGAGAUGAGGUACACUUACAAUGAAAAUGCAUAACAAUGCAGAUGUAAUAUUUUGGAAAUAACAUUACUCAUUCAACUAACAUGACAUUGGACGGUUCGUCCCAAUAUAAGGGUAUCAAAUUAGUUGAAUUGGUUAAAAUUUAA